CCUAUAUAUAUUUAGUUGAGACUUGAGAGGGAUAUAGUCAGCAAUUAACCAAAAAAAAGAAAGAAAAAAAGAAAAGAAAAGCAAAAGCCUUUCCUCCCUCCCGUACCCACAGUCCCUAUAUAAUCACCACCGGCCCCGCAUCUGUUCUCUUCUCUCUAGAAUUCACGCACACAAAUUUCCUCUCUCUCUCUCUCCCUCCUAAAAAUAGAAAAAGCAUGGCAGUGAGCAACAACAUAACAUCAGUCCUAAACUUCAUAGCCUUCCUCUGCUCAGUCCCCAUAAUCGCCUCCGGCAUAUGGCUGGCCUCCAAGCCCGACAACGAGUGCAUCCGCUGGCUCCGGUGGCCCAUCGUCUCCAUCGGCAUCCUCAUCCUCCUCGUCUCCCUCCUCGGCUUCGUCGGAGCCUACUGGAACAAGCAGACACUCCUCAGUCUCUACCUCUGCUUCAUGGCCAUCCUCAUCGUCCUCCUCCUCACCCUCCUCAUCCUCGCCUUCGUCGUCACUCGCCCCGGCGGCUCCUACCACGUCCCCGGACGCGCCUUCGACGAGUACCGCCUCUCCCGGUUCUCGUCGUGGCUGAGGAACCACAUCACCGAUUCGGACAGUUGGCGCAAGCUCAGGGCAUGUCUUGCUGAGUCUGAUACCUGUUCUAAGCUCACUCAGGAAUUUGUCUCUGCUGAUCAGUUCUUUGCAGCUCAUAUCUCUCCUCUUCAAUCAGGAUGUUGUAAGCCACCAACUGUGUGUGGGUACCAGUAUGUGAAUCCAACAAUGUGGAUUAAUCCGGUGAACCAGAUGGCUGAAUUAGACUGCACCUUAUGGAACAAUGACCCGAGCCAACUGUGCUACGGAUGUGACUCUUGCAAGGCUGGUCUGUUGGGGAACCUGAGAAAGGAAUGGAGGAGAGCGAAUGUGAUCCUAAUAGUGGCUGUGGUGGUGCUCAUAUGGGUGUAUCUGAUCGCCUGCAGCGCGCUUAAGAACGCGCAAACUGAAGAGCUUUUUCAACGAUACAAGCAGGGUUGGGUUUGAUUUGAUUCGAUUCCGAAACAUGGUUCACUUUUUGAACUAAUGGUUUUGGUUUGUUUGCUUUUUAUCCAGCUAGUAGUGCAAGUUUGGUUGUCAUUAUUGUAUGUAUAUGUAUUCCUAGCUCUGUAGUCUCUACUUUUCUAUGCAGACUAUAAAAUAUUGAAGACAAGUUGGGGAAUUGGCUUUCAGGCACCUAUCAAAAUAUUCUUCAUUUUCCAACAAUUAGCUUUUCAAUAGAGUAAUAGAUUAUUCUGAUUUCAGUGGAUGUAGUAUUCAGCUUCUUGGAUACCAUUUUAAAAUUUUUUUAUUAUUUUUUAUUGUAGUACAAUUUUAAAUUGAGAGUGUUUUUUUAGUGUUC